AGUUAUGUUUCUCAGGGUUAUCGUUGUGGCGUGUGCCGUCGCAGGGGCCCUGGGCGACCACCUACCCAGGCAACAGGACCCCAAGUCCUUCGAUGAUCGUCAACCUCCUGCCAAUACUCACGGUGAUCCUGAACUUCCAAAGAUGUCAUAUGAUCGUCCUGAGCCUUCACCCAUAUCCUACCCCGAGCCUCAGCCCUCAGUGGCGUCCUACGAUGCCCCUGAGCCUACACCCACAUCCUACCCCGAGCCUCAGCCCCCAGUGGUGUCCUACGAUGCCCCUGAGCCUUCACCCAUAUCCUACCCCGAGCCUCAGCCCCCAGUGGUGUCCUUCGAUGCCCCUCCAGCCCCAUCUUACUCCACCCCUGCCACACCAGUCCUAUCCUACCAGCCUCCAGCCCCAUCUUACCAGCCACUAGCCCCGGUUCCAGCCCCAUCCUCCUACCCCGCUCCUCCAGCCCCAACCUACCCCGCCCCUCCAAAACAUUCCUCCUACCCUCCGCGCCCCUCCUGCCCCAUCCUCCUACCUUCAUCCCCAUCCUACCCCGCCCCUCCAGAACCACCUAAAUAUUCCUUCGCGUACAACGUCGUCGACGACAACGCUGGUCUAAACUUCGGCCACUCGGAGGCCCGCGACGGAGACAACACCGAAGGCAGCUACAAUGUGGACCUCCCCGACGGUCGUAAAAAGACCGUCACUUACGUGGACAACGGCGACGGCUUAGAAGCGGUGGUGUCCUAUGAAGGAGACAUCCGGCCUGUCCCAUACCGUGGCCCCGCUCCCUCCUACCCUUCUCCCCCUGCCUCCUUCCCUCCUCCCAGCAACAACCUCUACCCUAGUGAGCCCGCACCUCCCGCCAUGUUAUACACCUAA